UCAACACAAAUAUCAUUGGCACGAACUGGUAGUGGCACGAAACGUGCAUAAACCGGCUAAAGUAAAUGGUGGUGAUCUCCCUUUCUAAUUUGAACUUGUUAAACAAGGGUUUUCAGAGUCCAGAGAAUUUUAUUCUCGACAGUAUUUUAUACUGACCAAAGCUUACCUACUAUACACGAGCUGUUGUUGACCAGAGACUACGUUGCAGUUUAAGAGAACCGCGUUGCGUGACAUUUAAGCGUUUGAAAGUGCUCGUUUAGAAUUUGUAAUUUGAUUUCGCGACGUUACCUAUUUAAAAACUGAACGUUGUUAAACUUGUUUGGAAAAUCCAGGUGCGGAUUGUAUUUGAAUUCGGGCGUUUGUUUGUUGUCGUGUUGUAUUUUGAGUUUUAAACUUCCCCAGGGUUCGUGGAACGAUGUCCUUUGCCGGGAAGCCUUUUGUUUAUUCUGUUUCAGGUGAAGAACAUGUCUGGUGGCUGGUGCAGCAGCGAUGUUCGUGUUCUUAUUGCCGGGGAUUCCAAUGUCCAUCGUUUGAAGUCUGCGUGUCCUCCAAAUACAAGGAUUGACUUUCUGCCCGUAUCUGAAGUCCCUGUACUUGUCCCAUGAUGGACUACAUCUAAGUGCUGAAGGGGCUAGGAGGUGUUUAGCAUCCAUACAGGACGACCUGCCAAACCAGCUGUGUGUGGACGCUGCUGUUCAAGAUCCUACAGAAUGGCCAGCUCUCUCAGCCACGGAAGUACCGGUUCAGGAGCAUGACAGCACCAUAGCACUCAUUUCGGAUAUUGUGCAGACUGUUACCGGUUACUGGUUUUAAUUUUCUGCUGUCAAACGAUAUGCAUGUGCAGAAGACGUAUAUCGACAUGUUUUCGGACAGUCGUUUACGGAUAUGAAUGGGAGCUCAACCAGAGAUUCAAGACAAGGUGGAUGCAAGUGAAGUACAAGUUCCCAGGGACAUCAAGCCUCAGACACAUAAAAUAACGACACCAUGGAGGGCAUUGGUGGUGGAUGGGGGUGUGGCUUUGAUGGACCCAGGGGGAGAGGCUUCAAUGACUUGAGAGGUCGUGGGGGUUGGAACAACAGAGGUUUCUUUGAUGGCAGAGGUCGAGGUCGUGGUAAUUUUAGAGGUCGAGGUGGAUUUCCUCCAAGAGGUUUUCCCCCAAUGUUCCCAUGGGGCAGAGGCCGAGGGGGGCGGUGGAGGGGUGCAUUCAUGCCACCUGGCCACCCAAUGGCAAAGGGCAGGCCGGACUUUCCAGACAGCACCAACAUGUCCAUGGAAGAGAAGCUUCACCGUUUCUGCCUGUUUCUACGCCACGAGGACUCGCUGAAGAACAAUGCUAUUCAAACCAUUAUGAACGGCAUCACCAGCUGCAAGCUGGGACUCAAGGUGGACUACCAGGCGGAAGAGCUGACAAAAAUAGGGGGGAAGAUCAUGUACACCGGCGUGUUGAAGCUGGACACAGUGUUCCUGGCACGCGCCAUACGUCCCAACAAGAAGGACCUGAAGCAGGAGGUCUUCCAGAAGGCGUUGAAUGUGAUGCUGUCAGAGACAGUGCAAGCUACUUACAACCUUGUGGAUCCUGAGAAAGACGCCAUCAAAGAAGAAUUAGACCAACAGGUGUACAAGGAAAAGGCUACAGACGGUGAGAAGACCACAAAAUCUGUGGCUGGCAUAGACAUCAUGGCCAUGUUGCAGUCCAUCAUUACCGUUCUCAAAAACAUGAAGAAUCCCCCUGACAACCCUAUCUCAACAUUGGAACAGGCUACCACACAGGCUCACAGCCUUAUCAAGAUGGAGUACCAGCCAACGCCUGUGGUACUGUCCAACUCUAGACAAUACUUCAUGGCUGCCCUGACAUUUGGUUCCACGGUAGUAGGGCAAGGGUGGGGUGUGACCAAGAAAGAAGGCAAGCUGAACACGUACCAGAGUGCGAAGGACCGACUGGAGACCAAAACCCUUGAUGAACUCGGGGACUCCAUGGAACCCAUAGAAAUACCUGAAACGGAACAUCAUCUGCCAUUCACAGCCAAAGCCAACGUGUCCAAGCUGAGCAUUGAAGAGAGGUUCCAGGCUCUUGUACAGGCUCUCGCUGGCGGGGCCACGUCACCUAGGCAAACCACCCACAACCAGAUUGAUGUAUUCUCUCUCCAAAACAACCUCAUUCCCAUGCUUGUGGUCAGGAAGGCCCACGAGAACGAUGACGAGGACAAAACCAUGAUCGCUGAGCUGUAUAUUGAGAAGAUCCUCAUUGCAUCUGUUGAAGGACAGAAAAAGCGUGACUGCUUUCACCGUGUGUAUGACCUGGCCGUUGAUGUGCUGACCAGCACGCCCUCCGAGCAGAUCCUCAGCCAGCACAAGAGGAUCACAGAUGAGGAGGUGAAGGACCCCAGGCUACUGGACCUCAUCAUAAAGGGAUCUGCACGUACGGUGGAAUCCAACGCCAGCGCCCUGAAGAGGAUUGGUUUCAAGCUGGACGACGUGUUUACUCGGGACUGGCGCGAUCUCGUGAUCCUUGAGAACCAGGACUGGAUGCAGGACCGAGAGCGUAACGCGUUCUGUAUUCUGCAGUUCAGCUGCACCCAGAACAACCUGCUCCUGCAAUGGGAGUGUGACUGCGUGGAAAAAUAUUUCAGAUGCAUGGUUAGCAUACAGAAGCAGUUGAUGGGGGAAAGCUAUGGCUCCAACAAGGUAGCUGCAAGAAAUCUAGCCUGUGCAGACGCCCUUUUUAAACUGUACGAAACCCAGGAAGUGUUGUGCAUGUCGCAACGGCCCGAUGACCAGCUGAACUGGAUCUCGUACGAGAGCAUCAAAGAGAAAGCGGAAAAAAUGCGUAAAGAAAGUGUCAGUGAAGAGCCGAUCAUGAAAACAGACGAGGAAGGCAAUCGCCUUCCAAAUUCGUUCAUCAUGAAAGCUCUCACAAUGACGCUGGAUGAGAAAAUCUCCAAGCAGAGGGAUUUGCGAGAGGUGGUGUUCGGUCCGGGUAUCGAGCUCGUUGAAUCGCGAGAACUUCGUUCGUAUGGCCGUGAGAAAAACCUUCGCUCUGACGUCCGCCAGCAUCAGGGGCAGCCGUAUCUGAUAUUCUACGACAAGCUGGACUGGCAGGAGAUUGUGAAGCUUCUGCGGACGCACUCCGGGCCGUACGGGAAGUUCCUGCGAGUGGAUAAAGCGACUUUGCCGAAGCAUUCCGACAUCGAGAAUGUCGUGAUGAAGGAUUUGCCGAUGGCGGACUCCCCGCCGACCCCUGAAAAGUGCAAACAGAGUUAAGCUAGUAUUGCGAUGUUCAUAUUAUAGGACAAAAUAAUGAUUGAAAUAGUGUUGUCUGAUAGCUGUCAUUGUUUCAGAAUAUUGUUUCCUGUCCAUUCUAAUGUUAAGCAUGGGAUUUGGUGAAAACAUUUCAAAAGAAGCUAAAAGAUUGUGAUCUCCUUUAACUAUUGGAAACUCAGCUUUAAGGGCUAAGAAAAACACAUGAUGGAAAUACAAGCACGGCUUUAUCUGAAAUACAUUUUUUUCUAGAAACAAAGCCCCUCAUGCUCGUGAUUUUACAAAGUAAUAAACAGUUAUGAUUUAAACAAAUGAAUAAGAUUGAAUGUCUUUUAUUAAUACUUAAUAAUCAAGGUUUUUUUAAUAUGUGAAUUCCUUUAGAAAUUUUUCUUAGCUUUCUGUUUGCCAUUGAUAUGUUUUAAAUGUUGCUACAUCAUUCAAACAUGAUAAUGAGUGUUUAAGAUUCAUGAUUAGAACACGCUUAAAAAUAAAUAGCUUUUUUGUA